AUGACCCUAUCCAUAUGGAACAAGCCCAGCACAGGGGACAUUGACUGGGAAUUCAAGCUCCAAAGAACAUUCUGCCAUUCAUUGGAAAGAAGUAAUAACAGAAGGGGUUCCACCCCUGGCGGCCCGACCUGGUCGCCUCUCACCCUUGGGGCCAACCUGGCCCCCUCCCCGGCGGGGGCACCACCCCUACGAAGGCCAACCCGGUCUCCUCCCCGCCAGACUGUCCCAGGACCUGUAGGGGGCCAUGCCCGCCUGACCGUCCCGGGACCUGUGGUGGGCCCCGCUCAUCUCUGGACCCGUGGCGCCCGCCUGUCCCGGGACCCCUGGCAGACCUCACCCACCCAUCCCCGGACAUGUGGCAGACCUCGCCUGCCCGUCCCAGGACCCAUGGCGGGCCUCACCCGGCCGUCCCGGGACCCAUGGCGGCCUCACCCGCCAGUCCCAGGACCUGUGGCGGGCCUCGCCCAUCCGUCCCAGGACCCAAGGUGGACCUCGCCUGCUUGUCCCGGGACCCGUAGCGGACCUCGCCCGCCCGUCCUUGUACCCAUAGCGGACCUCACCCGCCCGUCCCAGGACCCCAUGGUGGACCUCACGCGCCCCUCACAUGAACCGUGGCAGGCCCCGCUCGCCCGACCCCGGAACUAUGGCAGACCUCACCUGUCCAUCCCGGGUCCUGUGGCGGGCCUCACCCGCCCGUCCCCGGGCCAGUGGUGGGCCUCACCCCAUCCGCCUCCCAGGAACCGUGGCACACCUCGCCCGCCUGUCCCGGGACCAGUGGGGGGCAUCACCCGCCCAUCCCAGGAACCGUGGCGGAUCUCACCCACCCGUCCUGGGACCAGUGGGGAGCCUCGCCCGCCCAUCCCAGGAACUGUAGCGGACCUCGCUCGCCCGCCUGUCCCGGGACCAGUGGGGCCCUCGCCCGCCCGUCCCGGGACCAGUGGCAGGCCUCGCCCACCAUCCCGACAGAAAGCAACACCUAUGCUUAGCCUUAGAACCAGAAUAGGCCACUGA